AUGAGCACUUUUAGUUUAGAAAAGAAUCGAUUUCAUUAAAAGGCUUGUGAAAAGAGACGAAACAGAUAGAGUGAUAACUUUAGUUCACAAUUUAAAAAUUAAUAAAGAGAAAAUUUCAUUGAUUAAAAGACCUAGACUUUACAUAAGGAUCUCGAUUCAUCUUAUACAUAGGCAUCAGAUCAAGAAAAUUUAAGUCUUAACAAUAUACCUAAAUCAGUUCGAGUAAAUUUAAUUGGUUAGUUAAACAAUAAAUUUGGAAGAGGAUCUCUUCAAUGA